AUGGAGGCGUAUAAAUUUGGGGACAUAAUUGCUUUCCCUCGUGACUUGUCAAGUCAUGGUGGACUUUCACUAUACAAGCACUAUGCUAUUUAUGUAGGCUCCAAGAAAUUUGUGCAGCAGACACCUGAGGAGGACAUGUUCCACCUGACAGGUUCGUUUGAAAAUGUGCGUAAAGGUGAGCAGUAUUCCAACUGCGUCUUCGGUAAACUAUCUAAACACAGAAAACACGAGCUGGACAAUUACCUGGAUGAGAUAUGGCAAGCUGAGGGACUCAAAAUAAAUCCAUACCACAUUAAGAGACGAAUUAAAGAGACGUACAGGAACUGUGGCAGAUGGAACGCUGUAACCAACAACUGUGAGCACAUCGCCACCUACAUCCGUUAUGGACUGAAAAUUUCGUGGCAGGGCGGUCAGUUUGCUCAGCGUUUUGUCCGUAACCAAGGAAUGAGCAAAGAUGUAGUGGAUAAAAUCAGAAGGAGAGUUCCUCACUAAACGUACGACGAGUUCGGCAGGAGUCCGCGUGACAGA